AUGCUGGAACUUUCAGGAAAUGAAUAUUAUUACACGGCAUCCACGGGGUUGGUGCAUCUAAUCUACUCCCUUACCGAUGGAGCCGCAUUGGGCUCAGGGAUCAUCAACUUGGUUGGGUUUGCCCACAACUUGAUAGGUCCAGAAGUGCCCCCGGUGAUAGUCACCAAUGCCAUUUCAAUAUUAAACAACUUGUUUGGAAGCUAUCCUACUCGAGUGGAUUUCAUACCCUCGAUUGUCCUUAGUGCGUUAUUUGGCCUAAUUAUGUUUGCCCAUAUAAUCGUGCUCGUCAUCAAUGAGUCCAGGGGACAUCAUUUCUACAUUUCAUACAUUUGGAUCGUGUACUCGGCCAUGAAAGUCGUUGGGUUUGCGUUGAGAGCACGCUGGUCUCAGGAUAUAAUAAAGGUGAAUCUCGGCUUGGCCGGCGAAGUGUUUUUAAUUGUGCCUACUAUAAUCAUUGUGCUGGCCAAUUUGAUUUUAGCGCAACGGUUGUUCACCUGGAGACACCCCGUGGGUGGUUCGAGGAAAUUGUUUUGGGGGUUCGUAAUUGUCACGUAUCUUUUCGUGUUGAUCCUAAUUGCCAUCACAAUUUUGGCUUCAUUCGUGCCGUAUUUGAACUACAUCAGUCUAAGGUCGUAUAAAUCGUGGAUUGCCACGGUGCAAUUUACAUCAAUCUUGGUUAUAGUGUAUUCAUUAACCGCGGUUGCCUUGAUCGGCUUGAGUUUCUGGUUGCCCACUAAAAAGGAUGAGUUGAGAUACACUUAUCAGCCGUGGUGGAUUGAGAGUUUUGCUCCGUUUUAUUUCCCCGAAAAGGGAGCAGCUCAAAGGGCAGCUGCUGGGUUCAUGAAGCGAAACUCGAAUCACAGGCAUGCCACACGAGUCAUUGCUGCGACGCACCACCAUUUCCACAGUGUCAAAGGCUUGACCAACCAGCGUGGCGACUUGAAGCAUAACGUGUCGAUGGGGUUGUUGAUUAUAACCACCACUUUGAUCUUGAUUGGUGCCAUUGGCAGGGCCAUUGUUGUGUUCCAAGCAAGAGAAGAUAGAUACAAAAGUCCCGCGGCAAGCAUUUGGUUUAUGUAUGUUUGCUGGGGUAUUUUUGAAGUCAUUAUAAAUGUGCUUUAUAUAGUUGGAAGAGUCGACUUACGAUUCUACAGACCGGAUAGAUUACCGCAGGAGGUGCGAAGUAUCGUUACGACAGACCAGAGUUAUUAUCCAAGUUCAGACGAGGAAGAAGAUGGAUUCCAUAGAGACAAGCCUGAAACAUUUGCUAAACUACAGGAUAAAAGUGCACCUGGAUGCAAGCAACCACGAGUUGUCAACAAGAACUCUUCCAAUGCAUACGGUGGACCGCAAACGGAAAGUGACGACGUAUACACCUAUGAUCCGAAAUACCAAGACUCAACGCUUGAUGAUGAUGACUCUGGCAACUUUUAUGAUGACGAUGAGGAUGUGGAUGACAUCGACGAUUGGGAUUUCACCGUGCCCAAGACGGCGAAAGUCAUCAUCUCAAGUUCAGAUGAGGAUCAUAGCAAAGUUAAUGAUUACAACAAGGACAAAAGUCUGAAACGAUCUGGUUCAAGUCCUGAUGAUUCAGAAUUUAAUUUUUGA